AUGUGUCAGAAUCAGAUGUUUGGCGUGAACAAGAAUUGCGAUAAGUAAAAGUACAUUUUUCAUGUAGUGAAAAUAAAUUUUUAAUUAUUAAAAAAUAUAAAUUUUCGCAAUCCACGAAAGUAACAUGUCCGCCACUCCCGAUAGUCAAUCGUCUAAAAUUAAGUACACUGGUGAUGCACCGAAGUUGGGCAAAGCGCAACUUGAGUUUAUGAAAAUCAUCGAGCAGCAGAAUUUGGUGCGUGUUGAAAAAUUGCAGCGCUUGCGAAGAAAUAAUCUUAUCACGGCCGGUGUGCUAGGAGCAUCUGUAUUGGGCAUAUACGCCUACUCUAUAUUAUCAGUGCGGCAAGAGGAUUUUCUGGAUGAUUUUGAAGAACCUAAAAAGAUUUCUAAACAGUAAACGUUAGUUACAUAAAGUUGUGUCUAGUUUUAAAGCAUAUACACCGAAAGCAAGUGUGAAGUUUACGUUGUUGUGUAAUUGCUAAUAUAUUAUCAUUAGAAUUUAACAUUA